AUGAACCAACAUCCAUUCUCCUUACAAAUCCGACAACAUCAAUACUCGACCGAAGAGUAUCUCCCAGAUAUCCCCAGCUCGUGUUUUCCUACUAUCCCAAUCUCACCACCUGCACCGCACCGUCGAGCACCCAAACCUCCCGUCUAUUCGCCCCGCAGGAAUAGAGCCAGGCACAUCAAUAUGAAGGAGCCUGCUCAACUCGGUUUGUUCACCGUACUGGAAUUCGAAGAGGAUGUACACAAGAUGAUGGCGGUCGAAGAAAGUAGAGAUCUGAAUAUCAUGUACAGUUUACCUUCGGCUGCACCUUCAAGUGAAAUCUUUCCUUCCCCAUCCCCUUCCCCCUCUCCCUCGCACGGAAGGAGUUCACCGGUCAACGUACCUAGGGAUAUCGACGAGGAUAUGGAGAUGGACGAGAAGCUCAAUCGACUCUCGUGGUCUUCCAAAGGCAGCUUAGCAAGUCAAGCUACAUCGUCUUUGACUGAAGGUGAAUCGGAGGGAUUCUUGGUUUCCACCCCCUUAUUGGAGAAUGAAGAUCCUUUUGGAUGGUCGAGCAUACCCUUACACGAUGUAUCAGAUUCCUUCGAACCUGAUAUCGAAAUGACUGAACAUACGAUCGGUGGACACUUGUUCAACACUCAAUCACAAUCAAGGCCUACCAUCACACUUGCCGAAUCUAUCAAAAGCGGAAGUACCAGACGACCACCACCAUUACCUCUAACUCUCUCAACUCGAUUCUUAACUCCUACUUCCAACCGAACUCCCACCAGCGCCAAUAUGCUCAGCGCGAUCUCCAACGCCUCCACUGUCGAUUCGGACCUCAUCAUAACUCCCAAGACUGCCAACACACCAGGUUUAUUACCUGCUUUACCUAUUCUCUCUUCCAUCGAAUGGGCUUCUAAAGUCUACUCGCAAACUACGCCGACCAAGUCUAAGAAACAACAGAGAAAAAGGACGAAAAGGAAAUCACCUGAUGAUACGUGUGAUCUGGCAAUGGCUUUGGAAGACUUGUUGACUUCCUGUGGUGAAAAAUUCGAAUUGAAUUCUUCCUCCUCUUCGUCAUGUUCCGAAUCGGAAUCGGAAUUCUCAGGUCCAGUAUCAGUGACUAACACUUCCGAAUCCGAUAACGAAAACGAAAACAGGUCAGGAUUCGAAAGCAGAUCAUUAAGAUUCCCUUUACCUCCUAUCCGAUCGCCUAAAACUCCUUCACCAACUCGAAAGAGCUUUAUAGGAAAUGGUAGACCGCUUACACCCUAUGCGCCGAAGAAAGAUCGAAGAUCAUCUUCGACAACUCGGGGAACGAGAGAUAGUCCAUUGGCAUUGAAGGGUGAUCAUUCAUUCUUGAAUUCCCUUUCGAUGGGUACGGAUCAUUGUUUAAGGGAGGAUAAGAAGUACAGAUCAAGCGGUUCUUCAUCGGGAUCUUCUAUUGGAAGUGAUAGUUCGAGAAAGAGUUUAUCGGGUAGGAAGAGUUUACCAAUGGAAUGGAUGAAGCUUGAGUCUUAA